ACAUACGGACCCCGAUGGAACGGCCUGCGUUUGUCCCUGCGGGCUGCGGCCCUGCCUUUUCUCCCAUUCCCCUCGCCGCGUGACACGCGCUCUCCCUCUCUCCCGAGUCCCGACGACCGGGCAACAGCCGCCGCCGCCGCUCAGCCUCCGUCGGGCCCUUCGCCGGCGGCGAACACCAUCAGGUGUACAUGCGUACGCCCAUGCCCUUGGCUGCGUCCGCCCCUGCAAGUGGUUUCCUGCUGGUCUGUGUGGAUUUGGCUGCCGGAAGAUUGAUUGAUGCGGCCUUCAGGAUCACUGUAGACUCGCUGUGAGAUUCCAAGGCUGAUCAGGUCAUGUUGGGGGACCAGUGCAUCAUACAGGCGUUAGACUCGGUUAGCUCAUCAAGCUCUGCGGCCUCUGCCCCUGAUUCGACCCUCUCCGGAGAGCUUCCUUCUGUGAGCAGGAACUGUGUGAUUGGGAGCCUGCAGGUGGCGCGGGCGCAGAAGGGGGGACAUGUGGAGGGUCUGGUGAAUUGUUGUCAUAGCAAGAAGAAGAAGAAGAAUAGGACUGGCAGUGGUUUGUGGGAUUCUGCAACCAAAUCCUGGGCUUCUGGCAUGGGGGGUGAUGAUGAGAACAGUGAGGCCAACAUGAGUGAGCUCAUCGGCAGGAUCGGCCGGGAGUUGGCCAUCUCGUGCCUGCUCCGUCUUCCCCGGUCAUACUAUUACGAUGUGGCAUGUGUUGACCGGUCUUUCUACUCCCUUGUGAGGUCUGGGAACCUAUACAGGCUGAGGCGGGCGGUGGGGAUUGCCGAGCAGAUGAUCUAUUGCUCGUGCAACGUUCUCGAGUGGGAAGGUUUCGACCCGUGCCGCCAGCGGUGGUUCGGCAUCCCUUCCAUGCCUCCCAUAGAGUGCUUCAUGCUCGCUGACAAGGAAUCCCUGGCCGUGGGCACCAGUAUCCUCGUCUUCGGGAAGAGGGUGGAAUCCCAUGUUGUGCUGAGGUAUAGCCUUCUAACUAACUCCUGGACCACAGGAGAGAUGAUGAACACGCCGAGGUGCUUGUUUGGCUCGGCAAGCUUCGGUGAGAAGGCUAUUGUGGCUGGUGGUAUCGGCCAGAGUGGUCCGUUGAGCUCUGCCGAGCUUUAUGAUUCUGAGAUGCAGACAUGGACUACCCUACCGAGCAUGAGCAGGGCGCGGCAGAUGUGCUCUGGUUUCUUCAUGGACGGCAAGUUCUACGUCAUUGGUGGGAAAGCUGAGAGGCACAACGAGGUCCUUAGCUGUGCUGAGGAGUUUGAUUUGGAGAAUGGCUCCUGGCACUUGAUCCCGGACAUGGCGCAGGGCCUUAAUGGGGGAAGCGGUGCUCCGCCUCUUGUUGCUGUUGUGAAUAAUGAGCUUUAUGCUGCUGACUAUGCAACCAAGGAGGUUAGGAAGUAUGACAAGGAAAAUAAUGCAUGGAUCACUCUUGGACUGUUACCUGGGAGGUAUACAUCAGUUCAUGGCUGGGGCAUUGCUUUUCGUAGUUGUGGAGAUAUGCUCAUUGUAAUUGGCGCGAUGAGUGCUGGUGGUAGCGGGGUGAUUGAAAUUUGUUCCUGGGUACCCAAUAAUGAACAGCCAGAUUGGAAGAUCAUUGGCACCCGCCGUUCUGGAAGCUUUGUGUACAAUUGUGCCGUGAUGAGUUGUUGACAUACCAGGGCUACUACAUUAUCAACUGUACAUCUUGACCAAAAGGAAGGAUAAAGAAGGCAAAUUCUGCUGAGUCUGUUUUGCUUCUUAAUGGGUAACUUCUGCCCACUGGCAUUUUAGGCUAAGCUGAAGGUCCGAUAGAACUUCUCGUGUAGCUUCUUACUUGUUUAUGUCUAGUCUCUUCAUUUUAAUUCCAUUUGGAAGGCCUGCAAUUGAAUUCCAGAACGUGGGACAUGCAGUGCAGUAUUUUAGAUUAGUAAUUUGGUGCAACCUCAAACAUUUUGAUCUUCCCUGCCUCCCUGGGUAACUUGAUCAAAUUUUCUUUUUAAGCUCCAGAGAAUAGCCUUACAUUGGCAAAUCAUUUGCCCAUAGAUUGUAAGAAAUAAAAGAGGAAAGAAAUGUCUUUGUGGACAAUUGUUGCAUUUUCCCUUUGUCUUUUCUUGGUUAAUUGUGACUGGAGGCAAUGUGUUUUUUUGCAAGACCUGUAGAGUAUGAACACUCAUCAGUUGUGCCUUGUUAUCCUACCUAUGGUAUCUGAUAAUGUUAAUGUUGUCUCAAUUUGGCUUCUUGAGUGCGGAAAUGUGCUUUUGGUCAUAUGUGAAUGAACAUUUUAGUUUUGGAACAAGUGAAUGUCUUGGGACAUUAGUUUCCAUUUAGACUUGCAAUAAUUCUGAUUAAUUGAUCAUUUCCUUUGAGUUAUGACUUUGUAGCUUUGUGGUUUUCUAAAUAAUUCACAGCAACGUCAGUAUAUACUACUGUGAUGUUAUGUCUCGAACGUGGUGUAUUGUAGUCAGUCUAUAUUGUAUGGCUACGAUGUUGAAAUUAUUUUAUGUUGGCUUGAACUAGAUGCUUUAAGUGGUGCACAGAAAUCACAUUUAUUUACUGUAAUUUGUGUGGAAGUUUGUGCCUGACUGCCUGUUUGUUCUGUUGACAAUGGUCUAAUAUCCUUCUGUCCAUUAAAAAAGGGUGUUGAUUGCUUUGCAUCACCGAUGAAUGAAGCAUAUCAGUACCUAAACUGUAGGAGUGUCUUAAAAAAAGCAUAUCGGUAUUAAAUAAACGGUAUAAAUGAGUUCCCAUUCUCUGUUUCGUAUAACAGAGAGCUUAAAAUCAGUGAUCUGUAACUUCUACACCUGAUCUGCCUUUGUAGAGCAUUGCUUCUUCUAUGAUAAUGAUCUUAGCGAAGUGUUUUGUGACAAAAAGAGAGGGGGGACAUGAUCAUUCUGUUGAGGAUCUGUAUUGAUAGUGUGCCAUGGUUUGAGGUCCUAGGAGUUCAGGUGUGUCCCCAACACCACAAGAUCCUGGUUAUGUCUAGGCGCUAAGUCAUGUUCCUAAUGUCACAGCACACCACAACAACUCAAAACCGUGACUUUUGUUUCCCUUUUUUUUGACCUGUUCAUGUGUACCGUGGAAAUUUUGUGGUAAUAUGAGGAGGGAUUCUUUUUUUCUGAAUAAAAUUUCUAGGGAGUAAUUAGUCUUCCUUAUCUACAUGACUAUUUUGGCAGUUAUCCUUGUAUUUCUAGUCCUCACUAAGAGAAUUGAUGAUAUCAAUGAUUUUUUUUGGCAUUUUACACUUGUGCAUCGCUCUGGUUAUACAAGGUUGCUCUGCUCUUUUUUUAUAGUGCAUUUCAUGCUUAUUGAAGAGUCUCUUUAAGACUUAAAAGCAUAUGUUCUUCCUGCUCCAACAGGUAAGCUAUCUAGUAGGACACAAGUUGGAUGAUAACCCAUUGUCUUCAUGAGCUUAUAGGUGUAGUGAUUAGUCAUGUAUAUGUUUAGCAUAUAAUAGGUGAUUGUGUAAUUUAGUUUGUGUAAUGGUCCAUUCAAACAUAACAAAAUUGGUAGGAGGAUGAGCAGAAGAUUGACACCUGUGUGUUCUAGGCCUGCUCCCUGAUGAAGGACACAUAUUAAACAUGCAUAUGUGAGCCCUUCAGCGGAUAUCAUAUGUUUGUAUGGCUUUCUGUCAGCUGAAUUGAAGUUAAUAGCCAUUGCAUUUAAGUCUGACUAUUUGGAUCCAAAGUUUUGCUAGGCGCUAGGCGGAAUCUAGGCGAUGACCCUUAGCCUAGGGACUAGUCCAGCCUAGGCUUGCCUAGGCGAUGCUAGGCGUUUUUCUAGGCGUUUUGCCAACUUAUAUAAUAAUAUAUACAUUUAUAGAUAAAAAAAUAGGGAAGGACCAGUAGACAUACAACCGUGCAGGAGAGAAGCAAGCAGUGGGAGAGAAGCAAACAUGAGAGGAGAGAAGCAGGGGAGAGAAGCAGGGGUCCGACGUCCGGUAGGGGUCCGGCGUCAGCCGUGUUGGAGAGAAGCUGCAGCCGCGUCUCUGGCGUCAGCCGUGCAGGAGAGAAGGGAGAAGCAAGCGUCGAAAGGGGAAGAACUGAAGAAGCAAGCAGGCACUUUUCAACCGCAAACCCUAAACCCUAUCCCCCGCGCGCCACCCUUUUCCCUCCCACGCGCGCGCCGCAUUUUUCCCUCCCGCGCGCGCGCCCUUUUCCCGCGUGCUAUUUCCCGCUAGCGUGCGCGGCGCGCGCCUAGCUCGCCUAAGCGCCGCCUGAGCUCCUGGGCGCCGCUGAGUCGCCACGGAAUCGCCGCCCGGUGCCGCCUAGGCGCUCCAAUCGCCUAGGGGCCCGCCUACCCCCCUAGUCCAGGCGGGAGGCCGUGGCCUAGAGACUAGGCGCGCCUAGGCGCGUCGUAGGCGACGAUUUUCAAAACCCUGUUUGGAUCAUUCUUAUUAGUGGUUCAGAAAUAUGUCGUGAGUUUAGGCCAUUAAAUCUUUCUUGAAUUGUGAAGGUUAUACAUUUAAAAUUAUGGAACCUUAUAGUUUAAACAGUUAUGACAUUUAUAACUUUUUUCUUAAGAUGUAAAAUAUUUCCUAUCAAUAAGUACCACUAGCUCAAUGGCAUAGCUUAUCUGAACCUCAGGUUGAUUUUCCCAUAAACGCAACAUGUAAGUAAAUGACUCAAUCUGAAUUUAUUGUGGGCCAGUUUGUGUUGCUGUUCUACACUGUGGAAUACUGGGAUAUAAUCAGUUCUGUGCAAAGUAUGGUUAAAAUGGACUGCAGUCCACCAUUUUAGCUCCUAGGAUAGAAAGUAUUAGAACAUUUUUCCGUACUAUUUCUUUCUUUAUAAAUGCUAUGAAGCAUUUUGACAUAAAAUUAUGAUUUUUUUUGUUAAGCACAUUCAUUUAUAAUAUAAUUCAGAGUGACAAGGAUAUAGUUUUGUUUGUUUCCAUUAGUUCUGAGGUCUGACUGUACCAAAACAGGAGAGGUUUGUGGCACUAGCAUUUGCGUUGGCAAUGAGGAUUCACAUGCUCUACUAUAGCAUUCUGGUCCCAUAUCUUUGAUAGUGAUAAUGUGCGCAGAAAUAUGCGGAUUAGAAGUAGAUGUAUGUGUUUCAAAGCAGAAUCAAUAUGGUACAGUUUUACCUUUAUUAUUGUUUAUCUGAAGUUCUGAACUAAGUUACUUAUUAGUACUCCCUGGUCCGAAAAGGAAUGCAAUUCUAGGUUUGGACCAAGUUUACAUAAAAUAACAUUAACAUAUGUCUUCAAAUAGGUUUACUGUGAAAAAUAUUCCAUAAUUAAUUGAAUAAUAUUUAUUUGGCAUCAUAAAUCAAUACUUCUUUGUGUAGAUUUUGUAAAAUUUGAAAUCAUUUGACUCCCCACCAAGCAAGAAUUGUAUUCUUUUUGGGAUGGAAGGAGUAGCUGUUUUCAGUUCAUGCUAUCUUAUUGAGUUUAAGUACGCUGUUAGAUCUAUUAAUUAACAAUUUCAUUAGCCAAAUUGUCAAGAUCCCAUUAACAAAGGUAUGCCAUUUGAGUUUGAUGGUAUGUUUGAUCCUUUACCUUCUAUUGCCUUCGCAACAUAAAUUGCAACUUUUUUGGUACAUAUGAUGUUGCAUACUUCCAGUUUCCAUUGGUUUGACCUUGACACGAAAUAGCAACUUCCCAAUUUUCUGCCCCCCUUUCUCUGAACACAAUAUUAACGCAGUGGUUGGCUUUCAUUUAGUCAGUUCUACUCCCAAGACGACUUCUAGAGCGCCAAGUUGAUGCUUAUGUUCUCCGAAUGGGACUAAAUAUCUAUGGGUUUCAUCUUCCUGAUAAUGAAAGAGGAAGUGCCUUCUUUUCUAGGGAUGAUUUCAGUGGAGAACAAACUAAAGAAGAGAACAAGUAUAUGGCAUUGUGCUCCACCUGGAGAACCAAGGAAAGGCAGAAGCAGAAAGGACAAGCAACCAAACGAAUAGUGUUACUGACUAGUGUGACAAGCCACUGAAAAAGAAUCAGAUCCAUCAGAUUCAAGCUGGUAGAAUCUCCGACGCAGCUGCUCCAUUAGCUGUGCCCGUCUCAGUGGCUACAUGGUGUCGAAGGUUUCUAUGGUUAGUAUCAAAGAAACUUCAGCACUACGAAUAAUCUCUGCAGCGGAAAUCAUUGGUGGGUAUAAUAAAAGCUUCCUGUUUACACACACAUGAAAGCCAGUUUAGUCACACAGCUGGUAUGACGUAAAUCUGCUGUUUCCGCAUUUUAGAAAUUCCCUCCCCAAAGCAAGAUGGGGGGCAUAUAAAGUUAUCGCUGCCAAGGAAUUUGUCCUGCCCUAUGUUGUUCUUGAUGCACCUACUUCAUUGGGUGAUGCAUAAAGUUGCUAAUGUCACUGCUUUAUGGUCACGAUGUGUCUAUAUUUUGUUGGCUUGUUGUAGUCCAGUGAUUCUCUUACUCUUUUACUAAUUUUCUCAGGUCACAAUCUACAAUGUUAGAUUAGAUGCACCUCUCGCCAGGCUGAAGGACGUACCAGUUACUGAAUUAUUUUGUGUGGAUGUCGCGCUUGUACUCGAGAAGACGAUGCAUCACCGGGCACCGGACGCACCAAUUCCACCGCCCGAGGCAGAUGCAAGUGAAGGCGGCUCAGGACUCAUCCUGUCCGCCUUGCUGUAUCCUUCGCUUGCCAUUUGCUGUACAAAGAAAAAAAAAGGCGUUUCUGACAGUGACUUUGAAAUCUUGUCGCGAGCUUACUAGUUGGCUGGUGCUGUCAUGUCAGGAAACGGAUGAUUGCAGAUUACCGAACAUUACCUGUUGGGAAGGGAAAAAACAAACGGUGCUCUUGCAUCCGACGCGAUUACAAGUUGGCAGCAUCUUAUGCCUUUUGGCGAUCAAGUCCACAGGAGAGUGCUCAUUGCAUCUAAAACGGUGAAGUGAUGGGUGCUGUGGCAUUCAGGCUGAGGCGAAACCUGCGAACCUACUGUAUAUUCAGGUAUGUUUUAGCCAACCUUCAGGGCUCAGUGCCUAUCCUAUGGUACCAUUCAGAAUCAUAGUGCCUUUAGUUAGUUGAUGGUGCUGGUGGUUGGAACACAAUAAUUACCUGAUCGCCAAGGCCUGCAACUGAGCCCUCUCAAGAUUGUUAAUUCCAUGUAAAGUUCUCCUGUGGAUGUUGCAUUGGGUGGGGGGCUAGUUGGAGACAAAAUCUUCUCCUACCUUUUUCUCAAGAACCCUAGAAAGAAACAUUUCUCAA